AUGGCGUCCAGAAAGGUCUCAACUCUAAAGUUCGUGGGAACCGUCUCGCUCGGCCUACUCACCGGCCUCUCCUACACACUCAGCACCCUCACAAUCCCAACCCUCCUCGCCCUCCCCUCGGCAAGCAGCGCCUCUCGAGCCUUCACCAGCCUGUCCACGCUCUCCCCAAACCACCUCACAGCACUCACGAGCAUCUCCAGCGCCUCCUUCUUCCUCGCCUACCUACUGUCGCCACGGAGCCAAAAACACCCCUACCUACUCUGGACAACCAUUAUCGUCGCAUCGUCCGGCCUCACCGAUCUCAUGCUCAAACCCGCGGUGCGCGCCAAGAAAACCGUGCCCAAGAGGGACACCAAGGGGAAGGGUCGGCAGAUGGAUGCGAGUUACGAGGUCCUGGGCGCUAGUGAUAGGGAUAGUGAGGGUACGGCGAGUGGGGAGGAGACGGACGAGGAUGUUAAUGGGGAGGAUGUGCGGGAGCAGAUGGAGGGGUUUAUGAAGAGGCAGAUUGCGACGACUGUGCUUGCUGGUCUUGGAUUUGCCAUGAGCGUGGUUGGGAUCUGGGGUGAUGGUGCUGCGGACCUGGUGGUUAUUGAGAUGUGA